GGGAUCCUCCAGGCUGCUCCGCCUGCAGAUAAGGGAGCUGGGCUGGGGGUGCGGGGCUCCGCCACGUUAGCGCCGACGCUGCUGGGGUGAACACAGCGCAAGCACACGGAAGUUCAGUGGCCCCAUGCCAGGAUGUCGUAUGCUGGGGUCCCCAGCCUCGCACCCACCUUGCUCUUCGGCCUACUGGCUGGCUUCCAACCGGUGAGUGCCUCGGAGGCUGGAUCCAGAUGUACCUUAAACUGCUCCAAAGGAUUCAAAUGCUGCGAUGACAAAUGCUGCCUGGAGAAAAAUUUAGGAAACUCCAGGAAUGACCCCUUAAGGAUCUUCAUCAUCAUCUUCCUGGUCAUGGUGCCCCUCUUGUGCAUCUGUGGCCUGGUUAAGCGCUUCUGUCGCAAGUGCGGAGAGCCAGAGCAGGACCCCGUGAUGGAACAUCAGAGACCCCCAGAUCCAUCCUUCAUCGCUCCCCCAGAGAGGGUCUGGACCACCUCCUCAGAUCUCCCACCGUCCUACAGUGAGGUCAUUCUGAAGUCCACUCCCACAGAGCCACCCCCUCCCUACAGCCUCAGGCCUGAGGACUACACUGGUGAGCCAAGAGACAUUGACAACCCAGCCUUCUGAGUUAUUUUACUACCAUGCCUCCUGGAUCAAGCCUAGGACUUCAGGGACUCCUGAAACGACCCUACGCAUCCUGCCAUGCCUCUGGUCCUUCUUGAUUUAAAUUAUUGCUUUUUAUACCCCUGUCCGUUCCCAGUUGCCACUUGUUACGAGGACUAGGCUGGAUCCAUAGUCUCUGUCCCAGCUCCAAGUAAGAGGUUAUUCAGGAGGAAAAUUUCAAGAGUCGGGGUACCCACAGCAGAAUGCAGACAGCCUCAGGCUGAGGAAUGCAAGUCUGGACUGGCAGCUUGCCCUGAGAUACUACAGAAUGAGAAUGACUUGUGUACCUGUAGGAGAUGGAACUGCGUGGGCUCUGAGCCAUCUUCCCACUCUGCCUGGACAGUUGUACCUCCACAGCAGUGCACAGAGCACAUGUGCUCACUAAUUUUUUGCUGGCUGGCUGAGUUGCCUCUGGCUGGAAAGAGGUAGAGAUGAGUUCAGGGGUUAAGAGGACACUAUACCAAACUCCCACCAGUGGUGACCAGGUGCACUGAUCACCAGUCUGGGAGGACUACACAUCUGUGGUACAAAGGCUUUGACCUUCAAUUCCCAGAGGCCAAAGAAAUGGAGUGGAGCCCCUAUCCCCCCCCCCUCCAUCCUGGCCCUGUGCUCUCUCUCUAGGAGACCAGAACUUGGUCAGCACAUGACUGUGGUGUGAGGCACAGGCCUGGGAUCAGUCUCUUAAGAAAAGAUAGGGUGGGGAAGAGGCCAGAAGAGGGGAGGUGUGGCUGAACAUGUAGAUUGGGACCUAUUGAAAACUUAAUUCCAGAUUCCUUCCCUAGAAUUUCCUGAAAGGAGAGGUAUGGUAAGCUCCACCUGUUCUUCCCUGCCCAGCCAGGGUCCAGGACACUGUAGCUCUGACCCACCCACAAGGAGUGGUUAAGCCCCAAGGGGAAGAAGAUUUAGACCUGUGGCAGGCAGGGGAGAAGCUUAGCCAGGCUCAGUCCCUAGUGGGCCUACAGCAGAACUUGGAACUGGGUGCCUGGCCCAGGCUGAACAGUUGGCAGUACCUUUGAGGCUCCUCAGGGCUGUUAGAAUUGCUACCUGAUCCAUGUCUUUGGGGUGUGUGCUGCUAUGGACUCAGGACCAGCCUUGCUCUCCACUCCCAAGGCACUGUGGUAACAUUUCUAAAGUUCCUAGGAGGGCUGGAGGCAGCAGUGGCCAUGGUGUGCAGGCUGGGUAUCUCUUCUAAAACUCCUUUAGUAAUAUUCCUGGGGCAUCAGGACCCAU